GUCCCCCCAAUGGAGAACUACACCAUGGCGGGACGGACGUACCGCUACUAUGGAGACGAUCCUCCGCUGUACCCCUUUGGCUACGGGCUCUCCUACACCCUUUUCCGAUACAGCGACCUGGUGCUGGGAGCCGAGGUGGUGCCCGUUUGUGGGAACCUCAGCCUCUCGGUGGUGGUGGAGAACGUUGGCCCCCGAGACGGCGAGGAGGUGGUGCAGCUCUACCUCCGGUGGGGAGAGGCCUCCGUGCCCGUGCCCCGCUGGCAGCUGGUCGGCUUCCGUCGGGUGAUGGUACCCCAAGGCCAGGCGACCAAGGUGCCCUUCAUGCUCUCCUUCCGCCAGAGAGCCGUCUGGGCCGGGGAGUGGCGCCUGGAGCCCGGCUCUUUCACCCUGUUUGCCGGCGGGCAGCAGCCCUUCCAGCAAACCCGUGCCCCUUCCAACGUCCUGCGAGCAGAUUUCAGCGUCCUCGGAAGCGCCCUCAAGAGAAGCCAGUGCUAA